UCGCGAGAUUUAUGCAGAGGCGCUAGAGCGGUGAAUGAGCGGAAGGCAUUUGGUGUGUAGAUCUGUCGUUGUCAGCGGCGUCUGUUUUGUUCUUCAGUUUCCAGAUAGAGCUUGGGUGGUGCGACUGCAACAGAAGCAAUGCUAUUCUACUCCUUCUUCAAGUCUCUUGUAGGAAAGGAUGUGGUGGUAGAGCUGAAGAAUGAUCUGAGUAUCUGUGGUACUCUACACUCAGUUGAUCAGUAUUUGAACAUUAAGCUGACUGAUAUCAGUGUAACAGACCCAGAAAAAUAUCCACACAUGUUGUCUGUAAAGAAUUGUUUCAUUCGGGGAUCUGUGGUCCGCUAUGUACAGCUCCCUGCUGAUGAAGUAGACACUCAGCUUCUCCAGGACGCUGCACGGAAAGAAGCUGUACAGCAAAAGCAGUGAUGUACAAGAGCUAGAAGGAUGGAAGCAGGUUCACAAGCAGCACUAGGUGUUGUCAACUGCCUAUAUUUCUAUAAGGCCAAAUAUAGGAGUGAGCAGCAACUUGUUACCUGUUAUACAGGUUUUGCAUUACAUUUCUGUAAGAGACCCACACUUUUUUUUCUCAUCCUAGUUCUGGAAACUUUUUUAAGUGCAGUGACUUGUGUGUUCACUUUAGAAUCCAAGCAAUGCAUUUUGCUCUGCAAAGAAGUGGUCUCAGAUAAGCAGAGUUAAUUGGGAAAGACUGCCCUAACUUUUUUUUUUUUUUACUUAAAUAAAUUUUGUGUUAAGUCAUCA